CCUCCCGUCGCUCGCCGCCCCUCUCCUCUACCCACACCCUCCGCCGCUUCUCUCUCGCGCAAACGCGGCUGGGAAUCCUCAAGUUCUUCUCCAAGCAAAGACCAUCUCUACCCGCCAGCAAAGCAUCGUGCCAUGGAGGAUUCACAACAAGAUGUUGCUCAGGAGCCUGCUCUUGAUGAACUCCCGCCGGUGAAGCGGCGCCGUACGCUUGCUGGUACCAUCGUUUCCACUGCUGUGAGCGCCGUCCUGAUAGGGACCGCCGUCGGUCUGACUGCAUAUCGAUUAUGGCGCGACCGCGGACAGGAGUUCGCUAUCGAGGCGUCUCCAGGAGAGGAUCCGGAGGAGCCCCGCGAAUCACAUGAAGAUUCUAGCGACAUGGGUCCGCCCCCACCAUACCACGCUGAGGAUUACCAUCGGUCCCGCGUUGCGCCUCCCUCGCCGAAGCCGCAUCGGCGAGCGCAGGCACCGCACCACAGCAGCGCAUUCAAGCGCCCUACCAACACUCAACGUCGACGCGUAGCGGCAGCGGGCCGCCACCACCAGGCCUCUGCGUCCAGUCAGUCGUCAUAUCUCUCGGUACCAACUCGUCCGGAGUUCGACUUCAGGUCUCAGCCCCUGUCUCGCGAGGGUGAUGCUGACGUCGAGAUGGACGUCGAGGGAGACGGGGGAGCCGAAGAAGAAGUCCAGCUGGACCGAUUAGGCGCCCAGAUGGAGGCGCUCCUCAACGCGGGUCGGGCCGCCCUCCGGUCGGAAGUCGUCGUCGCAUCGGAGGAUCCGCAGGACGCUGUCGACGACGGUGGUGGGGACUGGGUGGAGGACGAGCUUCCCGCUGCGGGUCCGUCGAAUUUGCGUCGGCCGCGGUCGGGAUCACUCCGCCGACCUCGUGCAAGUUCGGGGACAGCCAUAGGCGGCUCUUUGAGACGCCAGCACCGCCCGCAGGAGCUGCGCCCGCCUCCGGCGUACUCGACGUUCAAUCAGAAUCACUCGACGCCCACUCUUGGUGGUUCCGUUGCUGGCCCCUCGUCGUCGUAUGGCACGCCCUCGCCAACAUCUUCCCCGCGAUCGCGUACGUUCGCUGGGUCGCAGCCCGGUAGCAGCGUGAACGAGUUUAGUGGCUUGCAUGCACCGUUUACUACGCCACCACGGAGAACCGCCGCGGCCGGCCGUAGCAACGACGCGGAAUCUUGGGCAAGUCCGGAGCUGCGGGCGUCGAUGGAGCUCGCGAGGGCGAGGUAUCGAAGAUAGGCCGGCUACUUCCGAGGUCUCUCGCCAAGGGUUUCAUGUGUGGCACUAUGCGGUUGGAGAAUUACAGUCCUCGCGCAGUUGAUGGGUAGAUAAGGCAGAGAAGGACGAGUGUAGGAGGGUUGUAACGGUUAUAACCGUGUUUUGAUCUUGUUAUUUGCACUUUUUAUCGACUAUACCGUGACACUAAAGGGGUGAUACAGUAUAUCGGAUUACAACCGAGAGGGAUGGACGUCUGUGAUCUUGUUUUA